AUGGAGAAGUUACCAUUUGCCAUAGGAGAGACAGAAAAAGGAUGCGGUGUGUUCAAUGGAAAAUGGGUUUGGGACGAGAAUCGGCCUUUGUACGAAGAAUCAGAGUGUCCGUACAUAACGCCACAGUCGACUUGCCAAGAACAUGGCAGGCCAGAUAAAGACUAUCAGCAUUGGAGAUGGCAACCUCAUAGUUGCUCUCUCCCGAGUUUCAAUGCGACAUUAAUGUUGGAAACACUUCGGGGGAAGAGGAUGUUGUUCGUAGGCGAUUCGUUGAACAGAGGACAAUAUAUUUCCAUGAUUUGUCUUGUUCAUAGACUGAUUCCUGAGAAUGCUAAAUCCAUGGAAAAUGAUGGUAAUUUCGCCAUUUUCAUCAUUAAGGAUUAUAAUGCAACGAUUGAGUUCUACUGGGCACCAUUUCUCCUGGAAUCAAAUUCUGAUGUUGCAAUCACACAUAGGAUCGUUGAAAGAGUUGUUCGAAAUGGUUCAAUAAACACACAUGGGAAAUAUUGGAAAGGAUCUGACAUAAUUGUGUUCAAUACUUACCUUUGGUGGCUGAGCAAUUUCAGUAUCUUGCAAGGGUCUUUUGACGAUGAAGUAAAAGAUAUAGUGGAGGUGUCCACAGAGGAUGCAUAUCGCAUGGUAAUGAAGAGUAUGUUGAGUUGGAUUAAAGAGAAUAUGGAUCCAAAGAAAACCAGAGUCUUUUUCACUAGCAUGUCACCUUAUCAUGAAAGGAGCAUAGAAUGGGGAGGUGAACCAAAUAAGAAUUGUUUCAAUGAGACUAAAAUGAUAGAGGAUCCAAAUUACUGGGCAACAGAUAGUAGAAAAAGCAUAAUGCAAGUGAUUGGUGAAGAAUUUGGUAAAUCAAAAGUUCCCAUCUCAUUUCUUAAUAUCACACAGCUCUCAAGUUACAGAAAAGACGCACACUCGUCAAUUUACAAGAAGCAUUGGAAUCCAUUAACACCAAAGCAACUAGCAAACCCUUCCAGCUAUGCUGAUUGUGUUCAUUGGUGCUUGCCUGGGAUUCCAGAUAUUUGGAAUGAACUUUUAUUUGCCAAGCUUUUCUAUCCUUGA